CACAACACCCACUCCGGGUACUUCGCCUUUCUAUAUCAAACCCUCCUUUCUCGGCGCCUCCUUAAAGGCUUCUAACCGCUCCAACGGCCGUGCAGCUGCUGGGCGGACCUGUCAUUUCAAGGCAAAUUUAACAGAAAAUAAAAGUACAUUUUCGGAGCUCAAUAAAAGAGAAGAAGCGAGUGAUAGUGGAGACAUGGCCACGACAACCUGUACGCGAUUCACGGACGAGUAUCAGCUAUACGAGGAACUGGGGAAGGGAGCUUUUUCAGUGGUCCGCAGAUGUGUUAAGCUGUGUACGGGACAGGAGUAUGCUGCCAAAAUAAUCAACACCAAAAAGUUAUCUGCGAGAGAUCACCAGAAGCUGGAGCGAGAGGCGAGGAUUUGUCGCCUGUUGAAACACCCGAACAUUGUCCGUCUUCAUGACAGUAUAUCAGAGGAGGGCUUCCACUACCUCCUGUUUGACUUGGUGACCGGAGGUGAACUUUUUGAGGACAUCGUAGCCAGAGAGUAUUACAGCGAGGCGGACGCCAGUCAUUGCAUCCAGCAGAUCCUGGAGGCGGUGCUUCACUGCCAUCAAAUGGGCGUGGUGCACCGGGACCUGAAGCCUGAGAACUUGCUCUUGGCAAGUAAAUGCAAGAAUGCAGCAGUGAAGCUUGCUGACUUUGGCCUGGCCAUUGAGGUGCAGGGGGAUCAGCAGGCCUGGUUUGGAUUUGCCGGCACACCGGGGUACCUGUCCCCUGAGGUGUUGAGGAAGGAGGCAUAUGGCAAACCUGUGGACAUCUGGGCCUGUGGGGUGAUCCUCUACAUCCUGCUGGUGGGUUACCCUCCUUUCUGGGACGAGGACCAGCACAAGCUGUACCAGCAGAUCAAGGCUGGGGCUUACGAUUUCCCUUCCCCAGAGUGGGACACAGUGACUCCAGAGGCCAAAAAUCUGAUCAACCAGAUGUUGACCAUCAACCCAGCCAAGAGAAUCACUGCUCAGGAGGCUCUCAAGCACCCAUGGGUCUGCCAACGAUCUACAGUGGCUUCUAUGAUGCACAGACAGGAGACUGUGGAGUGCCUGAAGAAAUUCAAUGCCAGGAGAAAACUCAAGGGAGCCAUUCUUACUACCAUGCUGGUUUCUCGAAAUUUCUCUGUGGGCAGUAGGCAGACCACCGCUCCAGCCUCUGUCACUGCGGCCGCAGCAGCUGUGGCUGCAGCCGCCGGCACCACCGCAGGGCUGGUGGAACAAGCCAAGACUUUGCUCAACAAAAAGGCAGAUGUCAAGAAACGCAAGUCCAGCUCUACUGUCCAGUACAUGCCCCAGACAAACAGCACCAAAAACAGCAUAGUCACCAGCCCCAAAGGAAACAUCCCUUCACCUGCUCUGGAACCUCAGACAACCGUCAUCCAUAAUCCAGUGGACGGGACAAAGGAAUCAUCAGACAGCAGCAACACCACAGUGGAGGAUGAAGAUGUGAAAGCACGCAAACAAGAAAUCAUCAAGAUCACCGAGCAGCUGAUAGAGGCUGUCAACAAUGGAGACUUUGAAGCAUAUGCUAAGAUCUGUGACCCUGGGUUAACUUCGUUUGAGCCAGAGGCACUGGGAAACCUGGUGGAGGGGAUGGACUUCCACAGAUUUUACUUCGAGAACCUUUUGGCUAAGAACAGCAAACCCAUCCACACCACCAUCCUGAACCCCCACGUCCACCUGAUCGGUGAAGACGCCGCCUGCAUCGCUUACAUCCGCCUCACUCAGUUUGUCGACGGACAGGGUCGGCCGCGCUCCAGCCAGUCAGAGGAGACUCGUGUGUGGCAUCGUAGGGACAGCAAGUGGCAGAACAUCCACUUCCACUGCUCAGGCGCACCAGCUGCGCCACUCCAGUGAGGAUCGAAUGCCAUAGCUUUGUCUGUAAGGAGCGCUCUGCUGGAGAGAGAGCGAGAGAGGAAGAGGAGGAGGAAGGGAUGAACAAACAAGUGCAGUGUCGGUUUGGGGGCGGGGCUUUUUGCCCAUCAGCAACAAACCCUCCUUUACUGGGCACCUGGCUUCUGCCCCUCCCUCAGCAUGCGUCUCUUGUUUUUACUUACCACCCCCCCGUCUGUCAUCUGUCACACAGCAGCACCUAUCGACCGACAACCAAACGUCUAGCAGCAUCCUUCACCGCCCAACUUCCUCUUCUUCUUUCCUCUGAUACACUGGGUAAUUGGUGGGGGGUGGGGCUUUUUUUAGCCCUUGGUGUGAUUCCUUCUUUCUGUAGUCUCUUCCCCGUUCCUAUGAUUUUUUUCGUUUUGUUUUGUUUUGUUUUGUUUUUGUGACAUCGACCCUCUUGUUCUCCUGUGAAUCCACACUUGUGUGACAUAAACACUGCACUGGAAAUACAGUAUGUAAAGUUUUAAGAAAAUCUAUUAUUAUCAUUACUAUAUAAUUAUGACGAUUAUUAUAAUUACACAUUUGCAAUUGUAUAUGUAAUUUGUAUAAUUCAAAAUUCUUGAUGCCAGUGGUUUAUAGAGUUGAAGGAAUUUUUUUUGUUGUUUUUCUCUAUCUUUUUAAGGAAGCAUGUUUUUUUCCCCAUAUAAACAGUGGCUGUUUUUUAUUGUGGCUAUUAAGUGGAAAAUGAUAUUGGCAGUUUUUGUAAUUUGCUUCAUGUAUGUUAGCUCUAAUACUGCGCCCAAACUCGAGGUCAAACUGUUUGCUUUUUUUUCUCUUUUGUUUGAUUUUUGUUUUUAGUUUUAUUUUGCUGUUUUUAUUUCUUUUUGUCUUCUGUCUUUUUUUUUUCUUUUUUUUGGAAGGGGGGCGUCUCAUGAGUGUGUGCGUUUAAAUGUUUGUAAUGCAGACACACUUUAUGUGCUAGUCCAGAUAUAGAGACUCUUUACAGAUGGAGGAACCUGUUGUUUAGAACAGACAGAGGGAUAGCUGAGGUCUUUGUCUUCCUUUGUCAGAGCAUUUCAAAUGCACUAAAAACAUGCAGUGAAUUAAUCUUCAUGUAUAAUGCCCUGUGCACCUUUGAGUGUCAAAGCUAAAAACAUAAGGUGCCAUUGUUGAAAUGCACACAAAGGCGAAAAAUAUACUGCUUUUUUUUCUGGUUCUGUCCUUCCAUUCCUCUGUUUUUUAGUGAUUGACUAUGGGAAAAAAUCAUGUUCUGAAAAUGAGCCCUAGCAAAAGCAACAAUUAAAGUUAUUUAUCGGGAUGAAAUAAGGUGAACUACAUUCUGCUAAUAAGAUAAGAUAAGAUAAGACUUUAUUGAUCCCACCAUGGGGAAAUUUUAACAGUAUACAGCAAUAAUAUGCAACACACAAGUGCAAAAGAAAGGCAGGUAGAAAUAAACGUUCUUAAAGCAUAAAAAUUUAAGUAUAAAAUUUUAAGGUAUUUACACAGAUACAUUAAUACUGAGCAAGUUAGCAUUAUAAAAAACAAACAUGAAAAAACAUGAGCGCCCAUAGCCCUCUGACCUCUUCAUCUUGUUCUUAGCGAGCAGCAUCUCAGCAUCAGCCCCCUCAUCUCCAUCAGGAGCUUGUGUUUUCUGGCUAAUGUUGCUAAAAACGUUCAUGCUGAGGGGGGCGUGCCAGCAGUUGCUAGGUGACAGUUAAAUACUCUCUUGAAGCUCAGUGUUUUUUCUCCUAAAAGUCGAGAUAUUUUUAACUGUAAAAUCUCAGUGCUGUCUGGAGCACAGCACCAGGUCCUCUUUUUUUUUUUUUUUUCAUUCAAAACAAUGAACAAAAGAAGUCACAAAGUGAGAGGAUGCUAGCAUGUGUGUGACUUCUCUCACUUCCAAAGCCAUCGUGCAGAAAGCUGGUGCUACUGUGUUUUUUAUUACAUGAAGCACUUGCAUUUAAAUACCUAAUAAUAGCUAGACUCAGUGAUGAAGUAUCAAGGGUGUGAAUACAUGAAUUCAUCUGCUGUAUUUAGAGCUGAUUCAUGUUGGCAUAUCUGUUCUGUGGUCUGGUUCCUCAUUUUCAGGGCAAGUCUUUGCUACAGAGUGCAAUAUUUGUGUGUGUGUGUAAGCAUGUACAGUGCAUAUGCUGCUGUCUGUGUGUAUUCUUUACAGGCCUGGGGGAGAUUUGGGAGUUUUUGUGAGAGUGGGCAGGUUUUAUUUUCGGAGGGCAUAUCAGUCUCCUGCCUUCAGCCCUGGACUUUUUUUUUUUCUUAUGACUUGAUCUGUGUGCUUUUUUUCCCCUUUUUUUCAUGUAUAAUGUUCAUGUUUUUACGAUCAUGCUCUUUUAUUUGUGUUACAGUCAAGUGUUAUUGGCUUUUAAUGAUACAAAGUGCUUGUGCCAGGGGUGACGGGACUGAUCAUAUGGACUCCGCAGCACUGAAAACUGAUUUUUGUGGGGGUUCGACUUGCGAUCAGCUCCUCCGUACUUUGCUCAUUCACCGUUGGCUGACUUCAUGUUUGUCUCAUGAGGGAGAAGAGACUGGGUCAGUUUGGUGAAUAGUCCUCAGGUUUCUAUUUAUUUUGAAUAUUUAUUUAUUUAUUUUAGUGGACAUUUGUAUGUGUGCUCUUUUGGUUUUUUUUUUCCAAUUGUACAGCUCAUGCACUUGUGCAAGUACUGUCUGUUGUUCAGAAGGACACUGCUCCGUGUAAAACUGGCUGUUUGUAAAGGGACAGUACACACAUUUGGCAUCCUGCAUGUUUUCUGUGGCACGACCAACAUGGUGUGAAUUGCUUAUGCUUUUUGUGUUUUUUUUCAAAUCUUCAACUUUAACGUCAGAACAUUUCUUGACAUUAAUCGUGGUGUCCCUUAUUUUGUCUAUUUGGAUAAUUACCUGAAUGGGACAUCCCAUUAAAACUAUAUAAUGCAGGACUGAAUUUUGUCUGAACUGUCCCUCUAAAACAGUCUUUGUUACCUUUUUUAUGGUGAUGAAGCUUAUCAAAUGAAGGUUUUUUUUCAAGGUGGUAUUAUACUUCUGUCUCAUCCAGUAACAACGUUCAUGCAUGUUUGACCCAGUUCUAAGACGGAAAGGUCCAACAUUACCUGAAGGCGUUUCAUGUGUGAUUGUGCUAACUCAACAUGAUCCCCACCCCCCUCCAAAAAAAGAAGAAAUAGCAGCAUGUACAGUACAAAUGUGUUGUUCUUCUGUUCUUCUUAGUGUGUUUACUAGCCUUGGAACUCAGUAUAAUAAGAUUCACAUAUUAAAAAUGAGGGAGUACACAGUAUUACACAACUGCAACUAAUUAGCAGCGUAGCUGGCAUUGUUUUUUUUUCUGCAUGACAGUCAACAGGGCACUCGUUUUUGGUGUUUUUCUUUUUAUUUGGUUUCUCAUUUUCUACUGAAUGCUGGUAUACUCGACCUUUCUCUAUCUAUUUUCUCAGCUUUUUAAGUGCAUAUAACUAUUUUUGUCUCAAGAUGAUAUAAUGGAGAUGAUUAGGAUGACUAUAUUAAUGACUGUGGCACUAAGGAUGAAUAUGAGGAUGUUGAUGGUGAUAAUAAUGAUGAUAAUGAUGAUGUGAUGAUUAUUUCGCAUGCUUUUUUAUGGGGCUCUAUGUUGUCAGUGCACAAGGGGCUGCCUUUUAUACAUAGUUUAGAGACAAAAUGAGGACACUUGUUGAUCAUCAGCACAAAAGAGUGACUGCUACUACACAUAACCUGCAGGUCACGCUUGGAGUGACAACAAGGGAAAGAUGGUGGGCAGUUCAAAGAGCUAAUGAGCUCCAGCAGGGGGCGCAGUCAUAUAACGUAAAGCACAAACAAGACAGAAGGAUGGCAGAUUGAUGCUUUAAUGUAGCUGCACUUUAGCAUCAAAUCAGACAAUCCAGCAGGUUUUCACUGUAGAACAGGACCCAGCUUCCAUUAUAAUCCUGUUUAAUUGUUGAUCAGGGCUGCGCAGAAGUGACCACAGAUCAUCCUGAUGUCACUUUGACAUCAGGAGGUUUCUUCACAGUUGAUUUCUUCAGUGAUUUGUGGAACAUUUCUUCUUUUUUCAUCUUAUAUCUGCUUCUUAACUGUUUGCAGCCACAAUGACAUUCUUAAUGACCUAAAAUGAACCAAUACUGCUUAUGGCUCCUUAUUCUCUGAACUAUCAAAGCUGAAGUCAUAGCUGAAAAAUUAUUGAGCAGGACUGCAUACUGUAUAAACUACUAUAAAUACAUUUCUUGUGAGCUCUGCUGCCUUCUUCUCAGCUGUUUAGUCAGAUGAAGCAUUGCUGAGAUAAACUCUGAACUCCUGCCUUUCUCUAACCAGUGAAUAUGUUGCACUGACAACACUGAGUUGGCUUCUCUUUGUAGAGUCUCUUUUGCUCUUUUCCCCCCUCAAGUCCCUCUGUUUCCGACCUAAUUCAAUAAUUUCUCCACAGUUGGCUCUUUUGUAGUUCCCCUUUGUCUCUUUUUGUCAGUUUGGGUUUCUCUUGUAUAAUAAUAUUAAUCCCCUAGUUCUCUGAUUCUUCUGAUUAUUGCUCUGUUCUCUUACGUGCUACACGUGUUUCUCUAACUUCAAGAAAAUGUGUUAAGGUAUUAUCAAUAAAAUGAGAGAAAUAGAACAUU